AUGCAUGACCGGCGAGAUUUCAUUGCGAUCGAUCGCACGGAGCGUUGUAGCGGUCGCGUGGUCGCGCCCGCGGCGGCAAUGGGUAAUGCGGUAGCGGUCCGCCAGGUGAUAGUAAUUGGCGCCGCUAUCCUUCUCUACAGGCACCCGUCCCUCUCGGCGCGCACACGCACACUACUCCCUGUCAUUGAUGUUAGGCUAGCGUGUACCGGUUUCGCGAGAUGGGGAAAUUACAGUGUCGCUCUGGUGUUUAGCUGUGUGUGCAAGACACAGGGCUCGUUUUACCUAUCGACAUCUGCUGUCUUGAGCGUGUAUACCGUCUUGGUAGGAGAACAAUGGAUUUUCAAUUCGAGCAAUUAUAAGCGAAACGAGCUAUGUGAUUCGAGCGGCAUAUUUUACGGCAUAGCUCGUCGCAAGAAAGCGGUCACAAUUAAGCAAGAGCGAGCGUCGAAAAAGCGCAGCGCGAUCGAUCCCCUCUUUCUUAUCGCGCGAAUAUUUCACAGUGAACGCAAAAAACUCACACAGAUAUAA